AUUUCAGCAACAAAGUUCAGAAUUCAGGUUCUGUAGACUACUCAUAAGUCGAUAACCCGAAUGUGAUUUGACCUGAUUAACCGAAAUAACGAUAACCGGAUACCAAGAAUACCGGUUUUGUACAUUAUCGUUACAAGAACCGGAUUUAUUUAACCCUAAACAAGCGAACGAAGUUUUACACACCACCGUCUUCUUCUUCUUCCGAACGGAGAGUACUAGUUGUUCGCCGACGGCACUAGCUUCUUUUUCUUUCUCACUUUCGGUAAAGUUUCCUGUUUUCCUUCAGAAACGAAGACAAAAAAGUAGAGAUUUUUAUGAAGAUUCAUUUUUUUUUUCAUUAAAUUUAGUGCGCUUUCAUCUGCAAAACGUCGAUUAAAGGGAGGUCCAGGAAUUGAAAUUUGUUGAUUCGUGUGUCUAGGGUUUAAGGGUCCCUUUCAUCUGCAAGUUACGAAUUGCAAGUCCACACGUUUAUGCAAUUGUUGGUCAGCUGCUGAAGAAGAUGCAGAGUGAGGAAUCUCACGAGCUUACGGAUGGAAUAUCCGAGGAGAAGGAGUCCAAGGAAACGAUGAAGAGUCAAAAGGCUGAUAGAAAGAAAAAGAAGUUGAAAGAGAAAUUGCUUAAGGAAGCUUCGAAAGCUGACAAUAGAGGUGUUUGCUACUUAAGUCGUAUCCCACCACACAUGGAUCACGUUAGACUUCGCCAUAUUCUCGCUCAAUAUGGAGAACUCGGAAGGAUUUAUCUUGCACCUGAAGAUUCUGAAGCACAAGUGCACCGUAAGCGGGCUGGUGGAUUUCGUGGCCAAAGGUUUUCUGAAGGGUGGGUGGAGUUUGCUAAGAAGAGCGUAGCUAAACGGGUUGCAGAUAUGCUAAAUGGAGAACAAAUCGGGGGGAAAAAGAAGUCAUCAGUAUACUAUGAUAUUUGGAACAUCAAAUACUUGACCAAAUUUAAAUGGGAUGAUCUUACUGAAGAAAUCGCAUACAAAAGUGCAAUACGGGAACAGAAAUUAAAUAUGGUUCUUUCUGCUGCAAAGAGGGAGAAAGACUUUUAUCUAUCUAAAAUAGAGAAGUCUCGUGCCAUGACCGAGAUAGAUGCACGAAUGGAAAAGAAACGAAAGAUUCAAGAAGAAUCGGGUAGCAAUGCUGAAGCAGCACCAGUCUUUCCACCUAGGGCGAUUUUCCAGUUUAGACAGAAGAAAUCAAUUGAAAAUGAGACAUCUCAAAGCAAGCCUGGGCUCUCCACUGAUUUCCUAGCAUCGGUAUUUGGCGGUUCUUAAGGUUAAGAGGCAUGUGACGUUGCGAAUUGAUCAUAGCUUGAUGGAGAAAUCAAUGAGCAAUUCCAUUAUGUAUGAAUGUCAAUUAGUUUCUGCAACUCAACAGAGAAAAUAUUCACAUACACUUAGCAAUUUGUAUACUUUUGUGUUCUCCUUAUAAGGUUAGCUAUAUACUAUUGUCAAGAAACAUAUAUGUGAAAUUUCCACCACCAAAAAAAAAAAAGAUUUAAAAGUGCAUCAACAUACACAUAAGCACAUGUUUUAUAUGAACACAUGGAUACCAAAUGGAUUCAUCACAUGGAUAGGAAAAAACAAUCUUCUAGACAAUCAGGACGGCACCAUACUGGUUUUGUGAAUAACGAAAGAGAGACUAUGUGACAUUAUUGGUCACCGAGACGACGAGAAGAAAGCAAGGGCUUUGGG